AUGGACCUCGACGGCCCUCCCGAGGAGGACAUUGUGUACGAGGACGACGACGAGGUCAUGGCCGACGACGCCGAGGCGAUGGACGCCGAGUUUGACGCCGGCGCAGGCAUCAGCGAGGUUGACGAGGUUGGGGACGAGCCCGAGGGCGAGCCCGAGGCCGACAUGCUUGCCAUUGAGGAGGCUGGAGAGGAGGUGGAAGUUGAUGAGAAGGAGGAGGAUGAGGAGGAGGAGGGUGCUGGCAUUGAUGAUGCCGUGCUUGCACCCGUGGAAGAGGAGGUUGUCAUCGAGGACAACGAGGAGGGUGACGUCGUGGUGGCCGAGCCGGCUGUCAGCGCCGAGGUCCAGGUCGACGAGGUCGCUCCUCCAGCACACGAGGACGACGUGGCUGCUACUGUCGACGACCUUGCCGCCGAGGAAGAGCCAGUCGCCGACGAGGAGCCAGAGGGCGCAAGGGAGCCCGUGGCUGUUCCAGAGGGUUCCGACGGUGGCGAGCCUGCCCCCGAUCACCCACCGGCCGAGUCUCACGACGACGCCGAGCAACCUCACGAGCACGCACACGAACACGCGCACGACCACGACCACGACCACGCCGAGCACGAAGACGAGUUUGAGUACUAUGACGGCGACGACAACCUGCCGCCGCUCGCCCCGAUUCUCAUCCACACCUCGCUGGGCGCACGUGCCCUCUUUACACCUGCGGAAGAGGACGAGGCCACACCGCCCACGCUCCCCGUGUACCUUUCUGGCCGCGACGAGCUGGCCGAGGAAGGCAUUCGCGCCCUCCUCACUGCGCUGCGCGCCGAACUCGCAGCAGAGGGCGUGGCCCCCGCCGGCGAGCUGGUGCUCGUCGAGAAGCAGAUGGACCUCAAGAUGGGCGAGGACGACGUCAACCUCCAGACUGUGACCCUCCUCGAUCUCUUGGCCGUCCACGAGGGCUGUGGCCUGCCCACGCCUGUCCAGCUCUUUGUCACCGACGUGCCCCACCGUUUCAUCACGCGUUUCGAGGCAAUCAAGCACGAGGUCGAGGCUGUCGAGGCCCGCGCAAGUGCAGCUGCCAGCGCUCGUGCCAGUGCCGAGCAGGAAGAGCAAGAGCAUGAAGCGCAGGGCGAGACCUCGGUGCUUGUCGACGAGGACGGAGAGGAGCCCGAAUACGACGAAGAGUAUGCAGCGGGCGAGGGAGAGUACUCGUACGAGGAGGGAGAGGAGGUUUAUGACGAAGAAGACGAGGGUGACUACGAUGACGCCGAAGGUGAAGAAGACCACGAAGAGCCCGCUGUCGAGGCUGCCGAGGAGCAGCACGGCAAGGACCCAGAAACCCACGAGAUCCCUCACGGGGAAGAGCGUGAAGACCAAGGCCACGACGAGAAUGUCGAAGAAGAGGCCACGGAAGAAACUACUGCCGAGCCCUUGCCUGGAGGCGCUGCAGAGGAAGAAGAGCCCGCCGCUGAGGGCGAGGGCGAGGGCGACGAGCCUGUUCAGACAGAAGACGGUGUCAACGCUACCGACCCCGCCCCAGUCACUGAGGCCGCCGACGAGACUGAAGUAGCUGGUGAUGACGCCGAGCCCGAGCCCGAGCCCGAGGUGGACGACGAGCGCGGUGACGAAUUUGGCCUGGACGCUAUUGGAGACGCGGCCAUUGCUGCGUCUGCCGACGUUGUGACCGAGACCACCCAGCCAGAGCCCGACGCAGAUGCCGAGGGUGAGGAGGAAGAAGCCCAAGCAGAUGAGUACGGGAUCGACAGCAUCGGCGAAGCAGCCCUCGCUGCGUCUGCGUCUGCCGAAGUUGAAGAUGCUGCACACGAAGACCGCGCGUCACAGGCAUCCACUGUUGCCGGCGACGACGUUGAUGAACUCGACGCCGAGGGCGAGGAGGCAGAGGAACACGUUGACCCGUUCCUCCAGCAAGAGGAUUUCCUCGAGGACGACUAUGAAGACGAAGACUAUGGCGAGGAGGAUGCAGACGGCGAGUACCAAGACGCCGAUGGCGCAGAGUACGCCGAGGAGGAGAGCGAGUACCGUGACGAAGUGGCCGAGGACACUGUCGUGUAUGGAGACGCCGACGAAACGGCAGUCGACCUCGAGGGCGCCCGCUCGCCUCUUAAGCGCCCGCUCGAUGAUGAUGAGGCUGAGGAGGGCAAGGGCAAGGUGCCACGUCUUGAAGCAUGA